AUGGCACCGAGCGAGCCUAUGCUGCCCGCCGCGUUGGCACCACCAGAUCAUGACCGUCCUCCGAGGAGGUCAUUCUCGAGCACCGACAGGCUGAGCGCCUCGGUUGCGUCUACAAAUCGGUCGAGAUCGACGGUGCGGUCAUCCGGAUGGCAGGCAAAGAUGGGACUGGGCGGCGUUGCGAGGCGGACGCUAGGCAUUUCGCUGUUGCUCGUGACAGUGUUGUUGUGGACGAUAUCCAACUUUUUGGCAUCUUAUAUUUUUUCAGAUCAUUCUUACGACAAGCCAUUUUUUGUGGUGUAUAUGAAUACGUCGGUGUUUGCGGUGUCUCUGAUACCCAUGUUGGUGCGUUUUCUGAUGCUUCACGGUGUCGAGGGUCUACGACGUGAGGCCAUGGUGGUCUGGAACGAGCAAAGGUACGGCAAGGACCUUAAGACGGCCGAGGAUGAGGAAGACACGGUGGCGGGGGAGCGCCUGCUGGUCGACGAUGAGCCGAGCCUGGAGAUGGAAGGGUUUGAGACAACGACGAGGGUGGAGCGGCUCACGUUUCGGGAGACGGCCGUCAUCAGCCUCGAGUUCUGCAUGCUGUGGUUCUUCGCAAACUACUUCGCGUCGGCGUGCCUCGAGUACACGAGCGUCGGGAGCGUGACGAUUCUCAACUCGACGAGCAGCGUGUGGACGCUCGUCUUCUGCGCCGUGAUGGGGGUCGAGGGAUUCACGGCGCGCAAGCUGAUUGGCGUGCUGGCGUCGCUGACAGGUAUCGUGCUGAUAUCGACGGUGGACCUGUCCGGGUCGAGCGACGAGAACCGCGGGUCGUUCCCGCACAAGACGACGGGGCAGAUUGCCAUUGGGGACCUGAUGGCGUUUGUGAGCGCCAUCAUCUACGGACUCUACGUGACUGUGAUGAAGAGGCGGGUAGGCAACGAAGAUCGGGUGAAUAUGCCGCUCUUCUUUGGACUCGUUGGACUCUUUAAUUUGGUGUUCCUCUGGCCCGUCUUCUUCAUCUUGCACUUCACGGGGAUGGAGCCGUUCUCGUUUCCUCCUACGGCCAAAAUCUGGGCCAUUGUCAUUGGCAACUCGCUAUCGUCCUUCAUCAGCGACAUGUCAUGGGCGUACGCCAUGCUGCUCACGACGCCGCUAGUCGUGACGGUCGGUCUGUCUCUCACUAUCCCGCUGUCGCUCAUUGGCGAGAUGAUACAGUACUCGCAGUACUCCAGCUGGGUGUACUGGGUCGGCGCGGCUGUGGUGCUCAUCUCGUUUCUGUUUAUCAAUAACGAGAGCCACGAAGACGAGUCAAGCGACAAGAGCCCCGAGGCAGGAUCCCGGGGCGUCUCGCAAUUAUGA